CUUACUAAGUUUACCUAUUUUAUUCUUUAUAAAAAAUUUAGUAUUAUAAAAAACUUAGUAUAUAUAUUUAUUAAGGUUAUAUUCUUAAACUACGGUUUACUAAAAAAGAUUAUUUUUAAUAGAGAUAAGCUAUUUAUUUUAAAGUUUUAA